GCCGUGACGCUCUGGGGUGGCAGAUGUGCCACUCGUGGCCCUGUUUACCCCGCAGCUCCGGCCCGGGCAGCGCGGCACGGGCGGGCAGCGCCUCCUGGACAGCCUGUGCCCAUCUUGUUUACCCUCCCUUGCCGUGUGACAGGUGCUGGCCCGGGACACCCGACACCGCCGGCGGCCGCGUGAUGGGGAGCGCCCAUAAAUAGCGGGGGCGAGGGGCGGCCAGAGCACCGCCAGGAGAGCACGGCCAGGAGAGCGCCAUGGACUUCCAAGCCGGUAUCCUGCAGGAUGGCAGCCCCAUGGAGAGCCUGGAGAAGCAGCUGAUCUGCCCCAUCUGCCUGGAGAUGUUCAGCAAGCCCGUGGUGAUCCUGCCCUGCCAGCACAACCUGUGCCGCAAGUGCGCCAACGACGUCUUCCAGGUGAGCGGGGUCCCCGCGCCCAGCCCGGGGCACAGCGCCUGUUCUGGGGACACUGAGGGACUGUCCCCGUGUUCGUCUCCCCCCUCGCAGGCUGCCAACCCGUACUGGCAGAGCCGGGGCAGUCUGAUCUCGGGGGGCCGGUUCCGGUGCCCCUCGUGCCGCCACGAGGUGCUGCUGGACCGCCACGGCGUCUACGGGCUGCAGAGGAACCUGCUGGUGGAGAACAUCAUCGACAUCUACAAGCAGGAGUGCUCCAGGUGGGCACAGACGGGGGGAACGGGGGGAUAUGGGGACGUGGGGACAGGGGGAUGGCUCCUUGCCGUGCCCCAGCAGCAGCACUGAGACCCCGAGAGAUUGCGCUGGGGUCUGGCUGCUCAGUGAUCCCCAAAUCAAAUCUUUCCCUGACUCAAAUCUCCCUCCCUGGACCAAAAUCUCUCUCCCUCAACCAAAAUCUCCCUCUCUCGA